AUGUGGAUUUGGUACUCCGAUGUCAGUAGCGUUAAGUGUCCAGCUCUGAUCUUUACAGGCAAGUACAAGGGCGAGCUGCUCAGCCCGGCGAGUCGGCCGUCAAACCCGGCGCUGCAGGAGCGCACCGAGAGAGCAGCGGAAAACACGGAGCAAAUGUUCACCGCCGCUCGCAAAGUGCUUCUGGAUCCGCAGAAGGGAGGCGCUGGAGAAGUGACAAAGAUGAUUAAUAAGGAGGUUAUUAACAACUGCCAUGGGUCAAAUUCUGCACCGGUUCCCAAGUUUUUGCUUGACACAGAGCCUUCUUCUGCCCACUAUCCUUGUGGAACCAAAGGGAGGGAUACAUGCAUCGCCUGUAAAUUGCAUGGAUUCUUGGAAGCUACAGGUUUAUCUGCUGGGGUCCCAUCUUAUGCUCAGCAAAAGCUGUUGAGUAAGACUGGAAAGGACGUAAUGGAACUGAAAGGCCAUUUCAUGGAGCGCAGUGACCUGCCCUGGAGAGCAAUCCCUGGCCUGUGGUUUCAUGGUCUGCAAUCUCAUGCAAGGCAGCUGCAUUUGGGGUUUCCCUUCAAGCCAAUCUCCCACAGAGCACUUUGGAACCGAUUGCAGUGCCGGAAUCCCGUCUUGUUCUUCAGUUAUGCGGCGAGUUCAUUAAUUGCUGUCAGGUACAGUAGACAUAGUAAGACAGGACCUAUCUCAGAGUCUUUCUGCUCCAAGAACUCCUCCUGCUUCAUUGCAAACGACACAUGA